AGGUUAACGAGGGGGCGUGGCACACGGAAGGAGCGGACGAUCAGGGCAGGACAUGGGUACAAGACCCUGGUGACGACUCGACGUUCCGUGGGAGCGGUGCUGCUGUGCUGGCUGCUAGCCGGCAUGCUCAGCAUUACCCCCAUGCUCCCCUGGUCACACAAAGCUUUCAGAGCGAACGCCCCUGUUAACUCCUCGGACAUGCUGUGUCGCUUCAUUGACGUCAUCCCCCUGGCCUACCUCGUCUACUUCACCUUCUUCGGUGUCAUCCUGCCUCCCCUGUUGGCAAUGGUGGUCCUUUACAGUGGUGUGUUCCACAUUCUUCGACGACGCUUGCGGGACAGUUUGUCAAGGCACAUGGAGCAGCAGACCUACUUCCUGAAAGAGCAGGCCCUUACCAAGGUCCUGACACUGGUGCUGCUGCUCUUCGUCGCUUGUUGGCUGCCCCUCAACGUGAUGAACAGCGUAACCUUCUUCAGGGGGCCCGACGCUGUUUCCAAAGAGGUUGUGUACACCGGUAUCCUCCUGACCCAUGCCCACUCGGCCAUUAACCCCCUCCUGUACGGCUUCCGGAUACGCCGAAUCCGGGACGCCUACCUGCAGCUGUGGAACAGGGUUAUGUCCCAUUCCGGAGGAGGCUUACAGCUCAGCACCAAUAGUCAUCCCAGUAACAUAUGACUUUGCCAUCUCAGAAAAGAGAAAGGCACUGCCUAUUUGCCAAAACGGGGUACAGUGCUUAAGUGUUCGCUUUCACUAUAUAUAAUCAAGAUGCUUGACUGUAAUAGGUAGCAGUUUUCAGUUUGCCAUUCUCUGUGUCAUGGAUAAGCAUUGAAAAGAAGUUACACAAACAGUACUGUGCAAAUAACAUUUUGAUAAAAACUAUGUUCUUAUGGCUGUCAAGUUGUGUCAGCUUAACCAUUUCAGAGCCUCUCUAAAUGUCACCCCAUUAUUAACAGUAAUCAUCUAAUACACUCAUGUCUUUCUUCUUGACUCAACCACUAGCAUAAUAUGUUUGGCUAAUCAGUACCUCAUCAAGUUAUUUAAAUAAGUAAGUUAAUUAAAUAAGGGGGCUGCCGCUGAAAUUUAACAAAUACAUGGCUGAGGUGUCCACGAGGAGAGGUUUGUGAAACCAAAGCUAUGUUCUUCUAGCCAUCCAACAAGUAACCUUUGAUUUGUAUGUAAUGUUAAAUUGUAUUUUCUGAGCAAAUAUACAUUUAAAUAGCUUUAUAGAGUUUCCUUCCCAUGGUACUGUACUGUAUAUAUUGUCUGGAUCAAGACUGGCAGCUCAUAUUUUCAAAAUAAGCGUAUUCUAUAUAUUAGCCAUGAAAGAAUGCUUGUUUGCAAAAUAUUAUAUAUGUGUCAAUAAAACAAUUAUGAACAUUAUUAUCAUGAAUUUCUUAUGGAUUGU